UUGCAGGUUCUCAUACCCACCCCCUUUCCCUCUCCUCCUAUCACUGUUGACUUCUCUACCGGAAGUUAUGGACGAACUCUACGCGGGAAACCCAUGUUGUUUUGUCUGUGCAGUCUGCUUGUCAACUGGACUCAGCAGAAAAGUGAAACAGCGGAAAAACAGUAGCAGGAUGAAGGUGAUAACAUGUGAGAUUGCGUGGCACAACAAAGAGCCUGUCUACAGUCUGGACUUCCAGCACAACUCAGAGGGCCGCAUACACAGGCUGGCCACAGCAGGAGUGGACACCACUGUCAGGCUGUGGCGUGUGGAGAUGGGGCCUGAUGGGAAGGCAGUGGUGGACUUCCUGUCAAACCUGGCGCGGCACACCAAGGCCGUCAACGUGGUGCGCUUCUGCCCCAACAGCGAGCUGCUCGCCUCUGGAGGAGAUGAUGCAGCCAUCCUGCUGUGGAAGCUAAACGACAGUAAGGAGCCUGAACAGGCCCAAUCGUUCCAGGAGGAGGAGGACAGUCAGCUCAACAAGGAGAGCUGGAGCGUGGUCAAGACCCUGAGGGGACACAUAGAGGAUGUGUAUGAUAUCAGCUGGACCCGGGAUGGGAACUUCAUGAUCUCUGGUUCUGUGGACAACACUGCCAUUAUGUGGGAUGUCACAAAGGGUCAGAAGCUGUGCAUCUUUAAUGACCAUAAGAGCUAUGUGCAGGGAGUGACCUGGGACCCGCUGGGCCAGUAUGUGGCCACACUCAGCUGUGACCGGGUGAUGCGUGUGUACAGUACUCAGAGCAGGAGGAAGGCCUACAGUGUCAGUAAGAUGAGCUCUGGAUCAGCUGUCGAGGGAGAGGUGAAACCGUACCGAAUGUUCCAUGACGACAGCAUGAAGUCUUUCUUCAGGCGACUCACCUUCACACCGGACGGAUCCUUUCUGCUUGCCCCAGCGGGGUGUGUGGAGGCAGGGGAGAAUGUCACCAACACUACAUACGUCUUCUCCAGGAAGAGCCUCAAGAGGCCCAUAGCUCACCUGCCCUGUCCUGCUAAAGCCACCCUGGCUGUACGCUGUUGCCCUGUCUACUUCGAGCUGAGGACCAAGAAGGGAGAUGAUGGCAGUGCCCAGCCCCUGACCAACAUGUUUGGCUUGCCAUACAGACUGGUGUUUGCUGUGGCAUCAGAGGACUCCAUCUUCAUCUAUGACACUCAGCAAACCCUACCCUUCGGCUACGUGUCCAACAUCCACUACCACACACUCAGCGACCUCACCUGGUCUCGGGACGGUUCUUUCCUGGCGGUGUCUUCUACAGAUGGCUACUGCUCCUUCCUUUCCUUCUCUCCUGGUGAGCUGGGCACCCCCCUGAAGGAGCCCCCAGUCCUGGAGGUCGUCACCCCAGGCAAUGGCCCAGAAAAGAAGGGCAAGAAGGCUGCCAUGGCUCGCACGGUGUCCCCCGUCCCUAAAACCACAGAGCGCACUGCCACUGUCCACGCCAUUCCUAAAGAGACCCCCUGCACCUCCCUCACCUCCCAUGCCACCCCCUUGGUCCCUGGGGGUGAGGAGAAUAACAACCCUGGCAAGGCCAAGCCACAGCCCCGUAGGAUCGCCCUCAACACCCUGGAGGGAUGGGGCAAGCCCAGCACCCCCAGAGCUAAUUCCCCCAAGAUCCCUACCACAGCCAGCAUCAGCGCCCCCUCCACCCCCCAGCAGCCUCACCUCAUCGCCUCUACCCCCAACACCCGCCUCACCCCCUCUACAGCCCAGCCCAGCCUCACCCCAAAGGCCCAAAGAAACACUCUUGGCCCCAGCACCCCUAAAGCUAGCACCACCCCUAAAGAACCGGUACCCAGACGGAUAUCUCUGACUCCCGUCGUCUCUAGAUCUCCAGCUGCCUUCACCACACCCUCCUCCACGGAGAAAGCCAAACGUGAACAACCCUCUCCCCCCACCGAACCUGUGUGCCAGCCCCCAGAAUCCAAGCGGCCCAAGACCAGCACCCAGGCAGGCAAGACAGGGGUGGCGCCAGCCUCAAGGGCCACACCCAACCCCUAAGGACCCCUCAUUGCCAAGAACCCUCUGCAGGACAGAGUGGUGUCAACAUGCAACUCGCAUAUUAUCAUCCUAAACACACACACACUCUCACAAGUGUCUAGCCUAUAGAACUCCUUAGAGACUGGUGUUGUGACCUAAUUUACACACACACACUCACAAAAGUUCACAGAGCAAAGACUGGUGUUUCCUCCUAAUGCAAUUUUCUGUAUAUUUUUGUAAUUUCACAUCCUGAAUUGUUCUGUAGCUCAUUUUAUUGGAUAACCCGGUAGUUAUUUAAGUGAUAAUGCCCGAGAAGCAGUGUUAGCUGUGCCAAUAUAUCCUCCAAACACAGUCUUCGAGGGCAUUAUCAAUUUUAUACAGCAGGUUACCAACAUAUUCAA